AUGGCUUCAGAUCAACCCCCAUGGCAUGCAGCUUAUCCCGCGCCAAGAAGAGUCGCAACCACUCUACCUAGCCAGGAGUUGUUGCAGUGGUUUCGAGACGGUAAAAGAGACUAUGUCCUAGUCGAUUUGCGACGCACAGAUUUCGAAGGCGGUACCAUUCGAGGAUCGUUGAAUCUCCCCGCCCAAAGCCUGUAUCCAUCGAUUCCGACCAUUUAUUCUCUUCUAUCGCAGAGUAAUGUGAAGUAUGUUGUUUGGUACUGCGGCUCAUCGAGAGGCCGAGGGGUGCGCGCCGCUGGUUGGUUCGCGGAUUAUUUGGAAGAACAGCAGGAUACAACUCUGCAGAGCCUUGUACUUGAAGGGGGUGUCAAAGGGUGGGUUGCCGCAGGUCCAGAAUACACCGAGCUAAUGAGCGAGUAUGACGAGAGUGUCUGGAAAGAAUUGAAAUCCGAGUAG